AUGGGAUUCUCGAAAAAGACUCAAGCGGAUGGAGACUCGAAAGACGGAAAAAAGAGAUGGGUGAUUGCUGGAACUAGUUUACGGGCUCCUCCGUUGAAAUCGAUAUCAACGAAAGCCCCCGUAAAUGAUGAGGAGAAUGAUGGGAACUUGGGUUCUGGUGCGACAACGCCAACGUUGGAUCGGUCGGUUGUAGGGGAGUGUCCACCGGCCCCGAGGAAGCGGAGGCCGGUGGGUGUGUGUCAUGGGAAUAGGGAGUUUUAUAGUUCACCGGAUAUUGAGUUGUUUUUUAAAGUGGCUUUGAAUAGUGGAAGAGCUAAAUGUUAA